UUAUGAAGGUAAUUCAGAUGUUCUUCAUCAUUUACACUAAUGCUAACACUAGCUUUCCAUGACGGUGAUGAGAUGUAGAGCUGCAGAAGAUCUUUUCUGCACAGUUAACGUUAAUUACAUUUCCGCAUUCACAAAAAUCACUAAAAACAGAGCUAAAGUAAGACAUUUUCAACAAGUCUUAGAAAAACUAUUAACUAUCCCCAUUUUCACUACGUUGUGCCAUGUUUAUAAAUAAUUUAAUGAUAAAGGAAAAUCAAAUUUUAAACAAAUCCUGUCACAUUUCGAACUAAUGACCAAAUCUGCAGCAUUUUUAACAAAAUUAAACCUGGGACCCACUGGCACCAGGUGACCCCUGGCAUCUGGCUUUUAAAUAGCAACUUACCACUUUUUCAUUGUUGAGAUGGCGGUAAAACGUUGAUUUUGAAACAUCUUUUCCACAGUGAUGGCAGAACUUUUCCAAUUGUUUCUGAACUCUUUCCUCCGACAUGAUGCAGAGUCAAGGAUGACACCAAGCAGUAAAACUCUAUAAAUUAGUCUUGAUUUUGGUAACAAAUCAGUAUAGUAAUUGCCACUUCUUAACCCCCUAUUGGACGUUUACAAGCAACUGGUUAUCUUUUCCCUUUUUUAUUUUUUUUUUAAUAUUUUCCCUUUAUGUAUGGUAGUAACUGCUUAUAUGCUAAUGUGUAUUCAAACUCAAAAGCACCAAUCAAACAGGAGGAGAACGUGACGUGAUACCCGUAUUCCAGUAAAGAGACACGUGAUUGGUCGUGUUGUAAAGAACGCGACGAAUCAUUGGCUGUGGAGUCACAGCCCCAGCAGUCUCAGUGCUGUUAUCUAUUUAAAAGCCAUGGCGGCAUCGAACAGUAGGUGGACUUUCAAAAGAAGUAGACUACGUAAAAUUCUUAAAACAAGAAAAACGUAACCACCAGUAGGCAUGGACGACUGCGUUCCCCGCACACCCUGCAACGAGCGAGGCCAACAUCGCAGAGUGCGCCGAGAGUCUCCGAGGACACCAACAACACGGGAGAUGGGGGCAGUGACCCGCACUGAUAUUUUCAGAAAAAUCGAGUCUCUCUGUGAGAAGAUGGACUUCAUGGAGGAAAAACUGGAAGCGGUAUCCCAGACUCAAGAAGUCCUAUUGCAGGUGUUAAAAAACCAAGCAACCAGGACACCGGACACAAAAACUCCAACUGAACUUUCAACUCUUGUCCGUCACAUAUAUAUUAACCUUGGAGAGCAGCUUCAGUGGAAGGUCCGGCCAACCGACCAUUUCAGAACGAAGCACAACGAGGAGGUGACUGCAACAGUGGUGCAAGCAGUAAAGGACGUGGAACCAAAUUGGAGUUACCAUCAAGUUCGAAGAGCCUGUAAUCGAGCAUUUGAAAAUAUCAAGUCCAGAGAGCGAAUAGAGAGAGAAGGAAGGAAGGACGACGUCAAGAGGAGGAAACUCCUAACUAGUAGGCGUGAUCGGCUCUUCAGAAAGCGGGUGAAAAUUGCAGAGAAGAUCCUAAAUCAAGAGGACCUGUUGUACAUUCAGGGGUCAAACUCAAAUUUUGUGAGUGAUGAGGAAAGUGACGAGGAAAAAACAGGAUUUAAUUUUUCCUCACCAAAGUGGCGCUCCACAAGGCUCACCAGACUGAUGGCACAAUGCCAAAAAGAGUUGGACGAAAACAGAAAAAAGGGUAUAGAGCCAAGGUCAACUCACACAAGAAAAUCAGCUGGUUUUACGGCAAGGAACCCACCACCUGUGAACUCUUCUGCCAACUAUCUGGCAGAAGAGUGGGUCAUGGACUCUUAAAAAAAA